AAUGUUUAUUAUCAUUUUUUAAUUAUAUUCUGUGAUAUUUUUCUGAGAGGCGAAGUGAAAUAUUUCUCAAAAUUGAUGUACUUAAAACUACAUCGCGUAUCCACUCUCAAAAAUAAUUUCUUCAAGUGCAAGGUACAAUAAUCUGUAAGCAAUAAGUGUAAGGUACAAUAAGCUGUGUGAAAUGUGUAAAACAGUAGGUAUUGUUAAAUUUUCUUCGAAGAAUUGAUAUUUAUCAAAGAAAAAUCAGUCGUGUGGUGUUACCAAGUAUAAUAAUACAAAUAACCUAACCGGUAAAAUGGCAUCGUCGUUAUCAGCAUAUUGGGUGAAAUUUUUUAAAGGUGCUGGAUUCCCUCAAGAUGUAGCUACUAAACAUGCUGUUGUAUUUUCUAAUAACCGUAUCAAGCCAGACAUGUUGCCAGAUUUAGAUAAGCCUAGUCUUAAAGAAAUGGGAAUAACUCUAAUGGGAGAUAUGAUCGCUAUUUUAAGGUACGCAAAAAAAGUAGUUGAAGAUACAACGUGUGAAAGAUUCCUUGUCGAUACAGAAGAUUCUUUUGGAUCGCCUAAACCAGAAGUUAAAAAACUAAUAACUAAAACACCUCCUAAAACGGUAGCCUCAAAGAUUAAACCUGAUACAGUAAUUACAAAAAAGAUUGUCAAAGUCCCAGCAAGUUCUGUGAAGAAAGCUGUUGCUGUUAAGAAACCAAUAUCAACAUCUAGCGAAGUAAUUGCAGACCUUGCUAAUCAAAAGAAACAUGCCAUUCUUAAAAGAAAAUUGGAAGAUGAAGAUGAGUCUGAUAGUAAUAACGAAGACAAGUGGAAUGGAACGGUUAAAAAAAUAAAAUCAUUAGACAAUACAAACGACAAAGUGGGCUACAUGGUAAUACUUCCAAAAGGAUCAACAUCUAGAAGUCAACAGAUCCUUAAAAAAUCCGCGGAACAGAAACGAACUGUGUUUGAUAGGCUAGGUGACAGUUCUGUAACUAGUACAACAAAUUUAGCUGAAACAUCACCUACUUUUAAUAUUACUGGACUAGGAAAAGAUGUUUUUAAAAGAUCCGUAAGCGUUUUCAAUCGGCUUGGAGAUAAAGAUGCCAAGAAAGAUAGUAUUGUACAAGUAGGUAUAUUGAAAAAUGGAUCAAGUAAUACAGGCAUAUUAAAGACUACAAGUCCUACUACAAGAACGUCGAUCAUUACAACAAACAAAGUAAUACCAAAAAGUGUGGGCACAAUGCGGGCAGAUCAAGAAGCAAGUAGAAAAAUUAUGUCAAGUAAUGUUACACAAAUAGUAAAAACUAAAAAGAUUUCCUUCAAUACUCCUUCAAGCAAUGCUAGAAUAACAAAACCUAGUGUCACAUCAGGAAAAUUAGCUUCAGAACGAUUGACUUCUAUACCAGCAAAAGCACGUUUGGGAAUAGUAAAAACAAAUAGUGCUAAACAAGUAACUUUUAAUAGAGUUACAAUGGUAACACCUAUAAAGAAACCAGAUGUUUUUAGUCGCCUUGGAAUUUGAGUGAAUCUUUAUAUCAUGAGCCUCUGUUAGAAAAGUAAUAAGUAUGUUUGUGAUCAAGACUUCUUUGUACAAAGUUAAAUAGUUUCCUACUGAAUAAUCUGUAAAA